AUUUAAGCGCGCGCGAACGGACACUGAGCCACCUUCAUCGAACAACAGCUGACAACAUGGGAGGUCUCGUGAUACUUGUGACGGCUCUGGUGGCGGCGCUGGCGUCUUUUGCAGAUGCAGCGACUCUACACACGAGAGAAGCGGUGAAACCUGGACUCGUCUCAUGCGCACACGCAACCGGCCCGAUCCCAAAUCCACAAGACUGUGGCAGCUUCCUGCAGUGUGAACCAUCAGGCAGGAUAGUGACCCGGCAGUGCCCAGCGGGUCUGGAGUUCAAUGCGUGGCGGCGUGUGUGCGACUACCCUGAGAGGGCUCGCUGCUCCACCGGCGGCUGGCGUCCACCACCACCACCACCACCACCACCAGCACAGGAUGAGCAGACUCCCGCGGAAGACGACAGUCCCGCAGUAGAGGAACCAGUUACUCCUCCAGCCGACGCCCCCAAGUGUCCAGCCGUGGAGAAUCCCGAAGAAGCUGUUCAGCUGCCCAAUCCGAAGGACUGUGGCAGCUUCUACAAGUGUGACGCGGCUGGAGUGGCCUGGCUAAAUGCCUGCCCUGCUGGUCUUGAGUACAACGCGAGGCUCAAAGUUUGCGAUUACCCAGAGAAUGCUGGUUGCUCUCGGCCGGGCCCCGUUGAAGAGCCUGCCGAAGAACCGGCUGAGGAAGCAGAAGAAGACAACGCUGAAGACGAAGCCGGUGAAAUUCAGCAACCAGCGAAUCCUCCGGCCGAUGCCCCAGAGUGUCCAGCCGUGGAGAAUCCCGAAGAAGCUGUUCAGCUGCCCAAUCCGAAGGACUGCAGCAGCUUCUACAAGUGUGACGCGGCUGGAGUGGCCUGGAUAAAUGCCUGCCCUGCUGGUCUUGAGUACAACGCGAGGCUCAAAGUUUGCGAUUACCCAGAGAAUGCUGGUUGCUCUCGGCCGGGCCCCGUUGAAGAGCCUGCCGAAGAACCGGCUGAGGAAGCAGAAGAAGACAACGCUGAAGACGAAGCCGGUGAAAUUCAGGAACCAGCGAAUCCUCCGGCCGAUGCCCCAGGGUGUCCAGCCGUGGAGAAUCCCGAAGAAGCUGUUCAGCUGCCCAAUCCGGAGGACUGCGGCAGCUUCUACAAGUGUGACGCGGCUGGAGUGGCCUGGUUGACACAGUGUCCUGCUGGUCUUCACUACAACGCAAAGCUGAGGGUGUGCGACUAUGCUGCGAAUGCCGGCUGCUCGUCAGCGUGAAACGGUAGUGAUCGUCGAAACAAAUAGAAAGAGAUGCAAUGACGAAAAGGAAUGUACCGUCACCAUAUGACUACUUAAUUUAAACAUUUCUGUGUCAGUACCAUUCAAAAUGAGAUAAUUUUAGACAAAGUGCCUGGAAUCAAAGGUAGAGUUAACAACUAACAGUCUACAUCACUAUUUUGCUUUUUAUUUAAACCUGAUAGGCUCCUUAUUCAAACUAAAAGUUAUCGAUCUGGACUGUAGUUAAAAUAAAAUAUUUCUUAAAAGCCCUAUGUAUUAAGGCAAAUAAAAUCUACUGAUUAUGCACUCCUAUACAUUACAUGUCAAUUAAUGAUGGAAAUAAAAAUUAAG